GUCGGACUCGUCCUUCAUGCCGGGGAAGCUGAGGAGGAGCGGAAGGGGGGUGCUGGAGAAGCGGUGGCAGAGCCUGGAGGAGAGGGGCAGCGCGGGCGCCCGGCUGGGGUACCCCGUGCUUGCCAGAUCCAAAACCUGUGACCCCUCCUUCUGCAAGGAGACAGAGCAGGCUGCGGUGGCCGCGGGCAGGCAGGGACACCUGUCCCCGUCGCUGAGCAAGCGCGCCGCCAGCUACCACAAAGCCUUCGGGGAGCUCGCCGAGCGGGAAGUGCUGCUGGCAUGCUUCUCCUGCGCCUGGCAGAGAGAGGUGCCCUACCAUGGCCGCCUCUACAUCUCCUCCCACCACGUCUGCUUCCACUCCAGCCUCCUGCUCAAGGACAUCAAGGCGGUGGUCCCCGUCACCUCCAUCUUGGCCCUCAAGAAGACCAACACGGCUCUCCUGGUGCCCAAUGCGCUCAGCAUCCGCACGGCCGAGGGGGAGAAGUUCCUCUUCGUGUCGCUGCGUCAGCGGGAGGCCACAUACCAGCUCCUGAAGUCAGUCUGCAAACACCUGCAGGACAAUGGCUGGAGCCCUCUGGCCUCUCCGAGCAACAAGGAAAUCCUUAGGAAGCCUCUGACUUCGAGCCAGUCGGACCUGGAGCGGAGCAGCCCAGAGCCCGACAGCCUCCAGGAGCCGCCGGAUGGGCCGAGCCCGCCGCCAAGGCAAGUGGAGGAGGAGGAUGAAGAAGCAGCAGCGCUGGCUCUGAGCAGCGAUGGGCCGAGCCCGCCGCCAAGGCAAGUGGAGGAGGAGGAUGAAGAAGCAGCAGCGCUGGCUCUGAGCAGCGAGGGACCACACACCACGCUACGGGCCCGGACCACCACACAGCUGAGCCACCUCAACACCAUCAUCCUCAUCUACCUGCUGCUGAUGGUGGCCCUGCUGCUGUCCUCAGGGUACAUCGGUCUGCGCGUUGUGGAGCUUGAGCAGCAGCUGGCGUCCGUGGGGGCUUGGCCAGACCUCAACCUGUCGCACCAGUGA